AGAUGCCUCACUUACUGACGUGAAAUAGAACACUUUUUAAAAGCCAACACUUUUUUUAAAGUAUUUAAAAAUACUCUACCAGGUUACUGGAAAUAAAAAUCAUGGAGAUACUGGAGAUGGAGACCUUCGAUAAGGAUCAACGUUUUAAAACUGAUGUAGAGAAUACGAAUAUCGACGAAAAUGACGGAAAUCCUGAUUAUAUUCCAUCAAGCGAGGAAAGAAUGCAGAGAGAAAAUCCUGCUGAURUUGUGUUCGUCUAUCAAGAUGCUGCAGUUUAUCUGCAUGAAGGCUUGGAUAAUGACAGAUUUGACCAUCAUCCAACAAGACAAACUAUGAUGUGGUACAAUAUUGCACACAGUACUUGGUAUAAUAUUCUGGACUUAAUGGCAUCAACACUUAUACUGGCAUUGGCAUUUGCAGAGGAGACAAAUGCAGUGGUUCCCAARGAUGAUGUCUUGUCUCUCCCUGUGCCUGUACAUGGUGUACUGGAAAUAGCUGGACUCACUAUACUGGGGCUUGGAAUGGUGGUGAAAAUUAAGUGGCAGGGAUUGAAAUAUUUCUUUACUCAUAAAAGAUCUCUUUGUAAGUUUAUCGUAUGGUGUGUCGUAUAUGUUGAAGCCAUUGUGGUGCUGAUACGCAGUAAAAAUCACUUCAGAGUCUCAAGGGCACUUCGUCCUCUUUUCCUGAUUGACAGCAAUUACCUGCGGGGAACAAGAAGGGUAUUAAGACAGAUUGUGCUCUCUCUUCCACCGAUCCUUGACAUGCUGGUUCUUCUCAUGUUCUUCAUAUUUAUAUUUGCUAUCUUAGGUUUCUACUUGUUCUCAUUGAAUCCUAAAGAUGAGUAUUUUGAAACCUUUGAGAGGAGUUUCAUCAGUUUAUUUGUGCUAUUAACUACUGCAAACUACCCAGAUGUAAUGAUGCCGUCAUAUUAUAAAUCAAGGUGGUCCGUUCUGUAUUUUGUGGCAUACAUUGGGAUUGCUCUGUACUUCCUUAUGAAUUUGUUACUGGCUGUUGUCUAUGAAACUUUCACCAGCAUUGAAAAAAAUAAAUUCAGAAAACUGUUYCUUCACAAAAGACAUGCUGCCAGGCAUGCAUAUAGCUUGCUGUGCAAUAAAGAUCCACCACACUGGAUCUCAYUGCGUCAGUUCAUGGGACUUAUGACCUACCUUAAGCCUAGAAACGGUAUUCAUUUGUUCAAAUCAUAUAUUAGAUGCAUUCUGCAAAACCACCAAACAACCAACAAUAGAGAUGUAUUUGUUUUGAAGGUUUCUGAAUUGGACAAKUUAUGGUUUUCAUGCUUGAAAGACAAACCAAGACCAAUACGUUUUAUUUACAGCUUGCUUAAAGGUGUUAACUGGCUUGUUACAUCAAAAGGGUUUGAUAUCUUCAUAUAUGUUGCUAUCAUUGCAAACGGUUGUACAUUUAUCUACGAGAUCCUUACCUUGUCAAGAACUCCUGCUGACGAAAGGGAAAGAGAAGCAUUUCAAAACCAUUGGUACAAUGUUCUUUUUAUAGCAAUUUAUGGUACAGAAGCCUUACUGAAGCUUAUCGGACUUGGUGUAAAGCGCUACUUUAGCUCUGGUUUUAAUUGUUUUGACUUUAUUGUGACUGUUCUUGGUAUUACUGGUCUGAUUGGAGCAGCWGCUAAUAGCUUUUCUCUGGCUUUCAUUGUUUGCAUUCGACCUCUGCGACUAUUGCUGCUAUUUAAACUGAAGAGAAGAUUCCGCGAUGUAUUAGAAACGAUGUGGGUCCUCACUCCGAGAAUGUUCAGGGUGAUGCUAGUCAUUGUCUGUAUUUAUUAUUCGUUUGGCAUUAUUGGCAUGGAGUGCUUUGCAGGUCUCAAACUGAAAGAUUGUUGCAAAAACACCUCAGUGGCGCAAAGCUUUGAAGAAGGAGGUUACUAUUACUUGAAUAACUUUGAUGACCUCAUCCAUGCUAUGGUGACAUUGUUUGAGUUGACUGUUGUCAAUAACUGGUUUAUCAUUAUGGAAGGCGUGGUGUAUUUAACAUCUGACUGGAGUAGAAUAUACUUCAUGUUGUUUUACAUCAUAACUAUGGUUGUGAUGACCAUUGUUGUUGCUUUUAUUCUCGAAGCAUUUUUGUUUAGGAUUCAGUAUCGCAAAGAACACCAAAACGAAGACGAAGAAAUUGACAUGAGUAUCAAGAAAGAGAUYGAAGUUUCAUUCGAAGAAUUAUUAGCUCUAGACGAGAAGUACGUGCAGGAUCUACAGCCUGGACAAACGGUGAGAUACAGAGGGAAAAGGCUGAAGACKAAGAUGGACUUAAGCACACGAAUGUACAGCAAUGAAGUAGAGGAAUGGAAACGUGACGAACGAGUUUUCAACAUAACAGAGACGCUGCARCGUAUGGAAAUCUGCGACGAUUCUCUCGUGAACAUGUUGGACUAUCAAACUGUUACCAACUCGUUGCCAAGGAUACGUAAUGUGUCACCACAGCAACACAAUUCACUACCACCGUCUUUAACAAGGUUUGCACGAAGUAUGAAGGGGCUUAGCACAAAACGUGGCAAGAGAAACCUUCAUUCUGUAAAUACUGGUGUGAUUUGAUCAUGGUUAUAUCAAUGCGAAAAAAUAUUAGYGAACCGUAUUGAAACGUGGCAGAUCGAUUGAUGUGACCACAGGGAACCCAUAAAACGCGCGGCAUUGUAUGAAGCAAAUAUCAAUAUACCGACAUUAUCAUUUUAUCUUAACCUUUUUAUUUCCUUUCUACAAAAGCUCCUUUUGAUUUCYUCAUUUGUGUCAUAUUUUUCUUUCUUCUCGUUUUCAUUCUUUCCACCUUUGCAGUCAUUCUUUAAUAAUCAAUCAAUAGUAAUGUAAAAAUAGAAUAAUAAUAAUAAAUCUAAAUACGACUUUUUAUCAAAAUUAGCUAAACAAUUAUAGCAGCUCUAGACGUUUAUUGUACAUUUUCAGAGUGAAUAUUAUACCAAGAACUUUUUGCUAUUUGCAGUAAAGAUACUGCGAAUGAAACACUGKUUUUUACAAAUGUUAURAUAAGGUAGACUUAUAUAAACUUGWWYAAACUGAUUCAGGACUGAGUCUCGAGCUGUCAAGAUUUCAAGCAACUUGUUUUGAAAUUCAACAGUCACUCCACAAGCCAUAUACAGAAUGUACUUUUAACAAUGUACAGAAGAAUGUUUUUAUUAUUUUGUAAAUAGAGAAAUAUACAAUGAAUUUGGCAAACAAGUAAAAUUAUAUUAAUAAACACAUGAAUAACAUUUAAUCGUUGYGUGAUUUACAUGAUUCUUGUCACUCAAUGUGUUCAUAAAUAAAUCUAUUACCGAUUGGCCUGUAAUUUUAGCACAGGUAACCCAAGCUAGGCAUAGGGAAAUACGUAAAUUACAAUAAACGCAAACAUAUCUGCUUG